GCUGAGCAGCUCCACGGAGCAGAGCACGUCGUCCCGUCUGAUUCGCAAGCACAAGCGCAGGCGGAGGAAACAGAAAAUGCGACAGAUCGACCGGUCUUCCUCCUUUAGCAGCAUCACCGAUUCCACCAUGUCCCUCAACAUCAUCACUGUCACCCUCAACAUGGAAAAAUACAAUUUUCUGGGCAUCAGCAUCGUAGGGCAGAGCAACGACAGGGGCGACGGCGGCAUUUACAUUGGCUCCAUCAUGAAGGGCGGGGCAGUGGCGGCGGAUGGACGGAUUGAGCCAGGCGACAUGCUUUUACAGGUGAAUGAGGUCAACUUCGAGAACAUGAGCAACGAUGAUGCCGUGCGGGUUUUACGGGAAAUUGUCUCCAAGCCCGGACCCAUCAGCUUAACAGUGGCCAAAUGCUGGGAUCCUACCCCCAGGAGUUACUUCACAAUCCCCAGGGGUGAGUGACUGCUCCUUGCUACAU